AUGGGACGUCGCGCCAAGAGCAAGCAGCCCCCGCCCGCGCCGCUGCCUGAGCCUAAGCGCAUCAAGGAGCAGCCGCCCAAGGCGCCCUCGAAGCGCGAGACGGGCGCGGCGCACGCACCUCGCCCCCGAGGCAAGGAGCCCGCUGGUCAGGCCAGCUCUCAGCCAGCCAAGGCGGCGCCUCGCACACGCCCGCCCGCUGACGCUCCCCCCGACAUCAGCGCCGAUCAGAUCCUCGAGUCGCUCGGUCUUCCCAAGGACAAGAAGCUGACCGAGCGGCAGAAGAAAAAGGUGCUCGCGGAAGUGGAGCGCCUCGAGCUGCUGCUCAAGAGCUCAGGCUACUCGGUCGACGAAGGCUCGGACGACGCACAAGACCAGCAUGCCGACGAUGAGGAUCUGGAAGAGGAGGCGGAAGACGAGGACCUAGACGAAGAUGCCCAAGGGGACCUGGAAGGAGAAGAUAACGAAGACGAGGACCUAGAAGAGGAGGCCGACGACGAGGAAAUAGACGAAGAUGCCGAAGACGAGGACCUAGAAGAGGAGGCCGAAGACGAAGACGUCGAAGACAACGAGGAUGACCUAGCAGGCGAAGACUUCGAGGGCGACGAUCCGCUCGAGGGGGAGGACGCGGAAGGCGAGGACCUCGAAGGCGAGAACCUCGAGGGCAAGGACCUCGAGGACGAGGACCUCGAAGACGAGGACGCCGUGGAAGGUGAGGACCCGGAGGACGACGAGGCGAAUCAGUUCCUCCUGCCCACCGUCGAAGAAGAGGAAGAAGAGCAACGCCAACCUCUGAACCUCCAACUCGUGCACAUGCGCAUCCAAGAAGUGGUGCGUGUCCUGUCCAACUUCGCCGCGCUCGCCGAGCCAGACAGGUCGCGCGCAGAUUAUAUGGAUCGGCUGUGCAAGGAUGUACAGACAUACUAUGGGUACAAUGAGUUCCUGGCCGAGAAAGUGUUGGACCUGUUUUCGCCCGAAGAGGCCAUCGCCUUUUUCGAGGCCAACGAAGUGCCUCGGCCCGUCACGAUCCGCGCCAAUACACUGCGCACACGACGCCGCGACCUGGCACAGAAGCUCAUCAAUCGCGGCGUAAGUCUGGAGCCUGUGGGCCCAUGGAGCAAGGUCGGCCUGCAAGUGUUCGAGAGCGCCGUGCCAAUCGGCGCGACGCCCGAGUAUCUCGUGGGCGAUUACAUGCUGCAGGCCGUCUCAUCCUUCCUGCCGUGCAUGGCGCUGGCGCCACAGCCCCACGAACGCAUCCUGGACAUGGCCAGUGCACCGGGCGGCAAGGUGACAUACCUCUCCGCCCUCAUGCAAAACACCGGCUGCAUCUUUGCGAACGACAGCAACAAGGCACGCAUCAAGAGUCUGACGGCCAACGUCCACCGCAUGGGCUGCCGCAACAUUGUCGUGUGCAACUACGAUGGCAGACAGUUCCCCAAGGUCCUGGGCGGCUUCGACCGCGUCAUGCUCGACUCGCCUUGCUCGGGCACCGGCGUCAUUAGCAAGGACGCGAGCGUCAAGACAAACAAGUCCAAGCGCGACCUGAUCCUGCUCACACAACUGCAAAAACAGCUCAUUCUGUGCGCCAUCGACAGCGUCAACCCCAAGUCAGAGACGGGCGGCUAUGUCGUAUACAGUACAUGCUCCGUCAUGGUCGAAGAGAACGAAGAAGUCAUCGAGUAUGCGCUGCGCAAACGCCCGAACGUACGCAUCGUACCGACCGGCAUCGACUUUGGCCGCGACGGCCUCAAACGAUUCCGCAGUCGCACGUUCGACGAGCGCAUGACGCUGUGCCGCCGCAUCUUCCCUCAUGUACACAAUAUGGACGGCUUCUUCGUGUGCAAACUCAAGAUCGAACCCAUCAACAAGGGCGACAAGCGGCGCAUGGCACAGGAGCCCGAUGACGCCGUCUUUGACAACGCGCAAGACGACGCCAUCAUCCAACGCGCUCACGAGCGCAUGGCCAAGAAGCGGCGCACAUAG